AAAGCCAACGGCUACAACGGUGUAUUCCUUCUCUUUCUCUCUAUCUCUACUCUUUAUUCCUCUAGUCGUCGGAGACAAAUUUAUCGUCACCGUUGAUAAAAUAUUGGCGAAAAUAUCGGUUUCCAUUAAAACCGAUGACCCCAAUCUAGGCGAACGGGCAAAAGGUGGACUCCAGCAAUUAAUCGCCAUUUUUCUAUUUCUUUUUCUUCUUUUAAGGCUCCUAAAAGGCCUAUUCACUUUCGGCUCUUUCCAAUCGGUAAGAAUCCACUCUCUCGUCCCUGCAAUUCUCGCACGUCAUUUUUAUUUUCUUGAUUUUGCAUUAUAGACCCAAAACUUUCAAAGUGUUCUCUACAAUGACUCAUUCUGAUAAACCCAGAAGCUGAAAAGAAAUUCGGUUUUCUUUACGAUAUUCAGCUUCUGGGUUUAUUUUGUUUUUGGUCAAAUGGCUGAUAUUCCUAUUUCCUUUUGACUGGCUUCUAGAUUCAAAAUUUGAAGCUCAAAGGGAAAUAUGUUUCCUUUUCAAGUUUCAGCUUCCGGGUUUUAGUUCGCUCUUGUUCAAUUUGUUGAGAAUCCCAUUUCCUUCUUGCUGGAUUUUGGAUUCAAAUUUUGAGGCUGAAAGGGUGUUCCCUUUUUCAAGUUUCAUCUUCUGGGUUUACUUUGUUCUUGUUUAAAUAGCUGGAAAUCACAUUUCCUUCUACCUUGAUUUUAGAGUCAAAUUCUGAAUAGAUAGCAAGAGAGGGGAGAAAAUAGAGAUAAUGUCUGCUGUUGACGUUGCUUUGGGCCCGAUUCAUAAAGAAUCGCCAUAUUUCCGCUGUUAUAGCCACAAUAGCCAACAGGCACCUGUGCCUGAAGACUCAUCAAUUCUAAUAUAUCUUAGUGUCGCUGGUUCCCUCAUUCCUAUGCGGGUUUUAGAGUCCGAUUCUAUAGAAUCAGUGAAGCUAAGGAUCCAGACGACUAAAGGGUUUGCAGCGAAAAAACAGAAGCUUGUCUUUGGAGGCAGAGAGUUGGCCAGAAACAAUUCGCUUGUCAAGGACUACGGUGUCAUUAGUGGCAAAGUUUUGCAUUUGGUUCUUAAGCUUUCUGAUCUCUUGCUUAUCACUGUACGUACCACUUGUGGACGGGAAGUUGAGUUCCAUGCAGAUAGAUAUAGGAAUGUUGGGUAUUUAAAGCAACGAAUAUUUAAAGAAGGGAGAGUUUUUAUUGAUGUUGAGGAACAAGAGAUCUUUUACAAUGGUGAAAAGCUUGACAACCACAGGCUUAUUGGCGAUAUAUGCAUCAACAAUGAUGCUGCCAUUCAUUUGUUGGUCCAAAAAUCUGCACAGGUGAGGGCUACGCCCUUGGAGAAAGAUUUUGAGAUCUCCAUUGUGGCAGUGAAUCCCAAUGAGAGAAGAGAGAGUGAAGUAGAAGGAGGACAGAAUCAACCUGAGGAGGUUCAGGUUCUGGCUAGGGAGCAACCUGGUAGAGAUUUCUGGUUGGAACCGGUUAUUGUUAAUCCUAAGAUCAGAUUGAAUUCAGUUUUUUGGGAUAUGGUUAACUCUACAUUUGAUGGGUUGGAGAAAGGUAAGCCACCCAUCCGAUCAUCUGAGGGUACUGGAGGAACUUAUUUUAUGCAAGAUCCAUUAGGCCAGAAGUUUGUUUCUGUUUUUAAGCCCAUCGAUGAGGAGCCAAUGGCUGUGAAUAAUCCCCAGGGUCUACCUGUCUCAUCGAAUGGUGAAGGGCUGAAAAGGGGGACAAAGGUAGGAGAAGGAGCAGUGAGGGAAGUAGCAGCAUACUUAUUGGAUCAUCCAAGGAGUGGUCCAAGGGCAUUAACUGGUGAGGUUAUGGGCUUUGCUGGUGUACCUCCUACUAUAAUUGUUCAAUGCUUGCAUGAAGGAUUCAACUAUCCGGAAGGAUAUGAAUAUGCAAUGAAAAAUGUAAAGACCGGAUCUUUACAGAUGUUUAUGAAGAAUGAAGGGAGUUGCGAUGAAAUGGGACCUGGGGCUUUCCCAGUGGAAGAGGUGCACAAGAUCAGUGUGUUAGAUAUGAGAAUGGCCAACACAGAUAGGCAUGCAGGAAAUAUAUUGGUUGGCAAAGGGGAGGAUGGUCAGAUAAAGCUCAUUCCAAUUGAUCAUGGAUAUUGCUUGCCCGAGAAAUUUGAAGAUUGCACAUUUGAUUGGCUCUACUGGCCUCAAGCCCACCAGCCUUACUCGCCUGAGGUAAUUGAUUACAUAGAUUCACUGGAUGCAGAACAAGAUAUCGCACUUCUGAAAUGUUAUGGGUGGGACAUUCCUCUUGAGUCUGCUCGUACACUUAGAAUCUCCACCAUGCUUCUGAAGAGAGGGGUAAAGAGAGGUCUCACUCCCUUUGCCAUUGGAAGUAUCAUGUGCAGAGAAACCCUGAAUAAGGAAUCAGUGAUCGAGGAGAUUGUUCGUGAAGCAGAGGAUUCCCUGCUCCCUGGCAUGAGUGAAGCUGUGUUUCUUGAAACUGUCUCCCAGAUCAUGGACUCCCGGCUUGACAAACUCACAGGGUAAUUAAUUUGGCUCAGGUCAUGGAUUCCUUGACGAGCUCAAAAAAAUAAAUUUCAUAUGGUAUAAUUGUAGGUAAAUAUUUUUAUGUAAACUGAAUGAUCAGUCCAUUUUUAGAUGGACUGUAUGAUGUAUAUGGUUGGCUUUUAUUGUCAUGCAUGAGCUUGAAAAACCCUCUUUCAAUUUUCAUGCUGCUGCUGUCGCUUCAGUCAACCAACAGUUGAGGUUUGUAUUGGGAUGAAGAACAGAAGUUCAAAAAUAAUGAAUAAUAUAUGUUAUGCUUAGAUUUGUA